AUGGAGAACGUCUCCUCGCACAAAUAUUUCAUCCUUGACGGAUUCAAUGAACUCGGAGCUCUGAGGCCCGUCCUCUUCAUCCCUUUCUUCAUCAUGUUUGUUGUGUCACUGCUGGGCAACUCCCUGCUGCUGUACGUCAUCGUUUCCCAGAGAAGCCUCCACUCACCGAUGUACAUCCUCAUCGCUGGCAUUGGCCUGUGGUUGACCUUGGAGCUCCCGCCUGUUUCUUCGAAACCUGUUCCCCAACAUGCCCUUGCUGAGCUCUUGGUUGACUGGAGGGAAUUUCUCUGGAGCGGCUGCCUGUUCAGAUUUAUUUUGUUCAACCUCUUAGGAAACUUUCAGUCUACUCUGCUGCUGUGGAUGGCACUAGACCGCUACUUUGCCAUCUGCACACCACUCUACUAUCAUGAAAGCAUGGCUUUACCCAGAUUCCUCAAGUUAGUAAUCCCACUUAUGAUCAGAAAUGUCUUCAUGAUCUCACUGGUAGUGGCACUGGCAGCACCGCUUUCAUUCUGUGCUGUAAAUGUAAUAAACCACUGUUUCUGUGAGCACAUGGCCUUGGUGGAGCUGGCCUGUGGAAGCACUGCUGUCAACAACCUGGUGGGGCUGUUGACUGUGUUCCUCAUCCCUGUAGCAGACUUCAUCAUUAUCACUGCCUCCUACAUUGUCAUAUUCAGCUCUGUGCUGAGUUCUGGCAAAUCAGGUGUCAAAGCGCUUCACACCUGUGUCACCCACAUCGUGGUCAUGACUGUCAGCCUGAUCAUCAUACUCACAGCUUUCCUGUCGUAUCGGAUCAGAAACGGUCUCCCUUCAGCUGUUCGGGUUUUCUUUAGCAUCAUGUACCUGUUCUUUCCGAGCUGUUUCAACCCGAUCAUCUACGGCAUCAGAACCACUGAGAUACGACAGCACAUCCUGAAGACACUGACAUGUUGUCGCUUUGUCCAAACUGUGAAUUACUCUUAG